UGUCAGGUGUUAGAAGUCAGAGCUCGGUAGACCCCUGUGCAAAGGAACCCUCGUUCCCGCUUCUCUCUCUUCUUAAACCCAGUUCCCCUCUCUGUCUUAAACCCCAUUCCUCGCUCUCUCUAGACCCUGCUCAUUCCUCUCUCUAAACCCUGCAACUCGCCCAUCUCUCUCUCUAAACCCUCCAACUCGCUCAUCUCUCUCUCUAAACCCUGCAACUCGCCCUACUCUCGCUCUAAAACCUUUGCUCACUCUCCUUUGAAGUCCAGCAUCCUGUCUAUAUCUCUCUCUCUCUGAAGUCUAGACUCCUGUCAUUCCCUUCUUUCCUCCUUAAACUCAGCUUCACUCUCUCUUCAUCCCCACUCUCUCUUUUAAACUCAGCUUCCUGUCUCUUCUCUCUCUCUCUCUCUGUCUCUCUCUCUUCGUAAACGUAAAUAUCGUUCGCUCAUUCUUCUUACAAGCACCAUUCUCUAUUUCUUCACUAUGGAGCCAGAAAUAGUGAAGAAGCGAUGGCUAAGCCUCCUGCUAUGGCAGCUCACAUUCUCCACGAUCAUCUGGACCAUCUGCAAAACCCUGGUUCUCUUCCCAUUCACAUCAUGCCAUCCAUCCCCUUCUCUCUAUGGUCUCCUUUCUUACAUAACCUUUGAACUCUCUCUCUUCCUCUUCUUCCUUGCCCUAAAAAUAAUCACGUCACCUGUUGAUGUUCCUGCCGCGUCUGCUGCUGAAAUAUCUGUAAACAUGGCAAAAACACUGAUUCAGGUUUUGAUCACAGGGUAUCCUCCUUCUUCUACUCUAGAAUUGAGGCGAAGAGCUCAGGGAUCAGCUGAUCGCCUACUGGUUGCCCUAAUUUGUGCGAUCUCUGGUUGUGUUGCUAUGAUUUCAGUUUGUGGAGGAUCAGCAUUUGCGGAUGCUCCGAAUUUGGUGAACUUAGGGUUACGAGGAUCGAUUGCCGGUAUUGUUUAUGGUGUUCAUUUUAUAUACAUGAGGAGAUGGGUGUUAUCUUUUCCGGUUAUUCAGCGUCCUCUCUAUUUCAGUUUCAAGAUGGGGCUGUCACAGUCUCUUUUGCAAGCGAUAAAACUAUCCUCUAUAGCAGAGCUGUGCACAAUUCUUUUCGUGGUAUGUUUGCCACUUAGCAUAAGGAGCAAUGGCGCAAUGGGAAAAUUCAUGGCUCAGCAAUUUGGAUUGUACCUUGGAACAUGUGUUAUCUACUUCUGUUGGGAAUUGAGUGUUCAUUUGCUUCAGGUUUUGCACACAAGGAGAUGUGUUUUUGCUCCUUCUCAAGGUUCAGCUGCAGCAGAAACAAACCCUAGUGAAACCCUUAUUGCUGCAUUGGAGCAAAGUAUUCCGAGAUCUUUCGGCCACUAUUUAGCCUAUCUUGAUCUGUGCAUGGUUUCUGAGAGUAAUGUCGAUUCUUGGCGCCGAGCGGCUUUCUUUGAAGAGACUGGUGAUACAUACAAGAGGGUUAUAGCUGUUUGCUUGAGGCCUUUGGAGCAAUUUGCAUCGAGGUUGAGCGAAGGGUUAGAAGGUCAUUCUUCUGACAAGACAGAUAUCUUCUCCCAACAAUUGGCCUCGCCAACAAAUGGCGACAUGGGCUCAAAGAUCAGUGAAGCAUUCAAUGACUUUCAGUUAUGUACAUGGUGUGCAAGAGCUUCUGCAGCAUUAACAGCAAAAUCUCACAAAGAAGAUAGGUUUGGAGUGGCCCAACUCACUGGCUCCAACAUGGCUGGUAUGUCCACACUUAUUUCAUGUUUGCUCGCAGUUGAGGCCUGUCUUGGAAAGCGAACUCAUGCGAGCCCUGCUCACCUAAUGGGGCCCACUAGCAUUAGGUGGGCCAUGCCUCCGAGAGUUGAAGAACAGGUCAAGAGGAAGCGGAGAGGGAGAGAGGCCACUUCCAUUCACAGAAAAGCAUAUGUUAUGGCUGAUGUCCUUAGGACUUCAAUCUAUGAGAUUGUCUCCGAAUUCUUUGAAGAGAUGCAAGCAGGACAGAAGGCAUCGGUUUUAGAGAGAGAUUGGAUUAGUGGGAGCAAGCCAUUGUAUGGGACCCGAGAGGUUCUUGUUCAAAAGCUAAGCCUCUUUCUGGACUUUCGUGCUUAGCUAGCUGCUGGAUGGCUUUACCUGUUUGUGUUUGUGUUUUACUAGUGAUUCAAUUGGAAGGUUCAGAGGUGCAAUAUAUCAAGAAAAGAAAAAUGGAAAAAUGGUUUGGAGGUGCAUCUGAUCAUUUGCUGCUACGGAAGCCAUCUAGGGUCCAUGCGCAAAAGAGGGAGGCAGUUGCUGGAGGAAGAGUUUCUGUGAGGGGUUCAUUACAGUUGAAACAUAGACCCCCGUUUUGUUUGAUUUCCUUUUUCAGAUGUUUCAAGGGUUUUUUAAUGAAGCUCUCAAGAGGAUGAGACCCUGAUUUCUUGCGAGUCUCUCUCGCUCUCUUUUUCAUUCUCUCUCUCUCUCUCUCAUCACAGUGAGAAAUAGACUUUGGUGGGAUAAUGUCCGGCUCUUUUAUGAAAUGUAAUUUAAGAUCAAUCUCAUGUUUAUCUCUUUU